CUGUCGCAAACCGCAUUGCGCCCGCAACCCUCCUUGCAAAUCCUCGAGACAGCCAGAGGCAUCCACUCAUACGAACUAUCAUGUCACCAAUACCAGACGACGACAGCCUCCUCUACGAGGAACGCAUCUCGCAAUUUGUCUCGCUUCCGCCCGCCGCGCUCGCAACACCACUGCCCGCCCUCUGCGCGUCCGUCUUCUCGCCGCUGCUGCUCUCCUACUUCCCGCCAGCGCGCGGCAUCAUCCUCGCAUACGAAGAUGUCUCUCUCUCGUCGUUGCCGCCCACCAAGGCGCAAUCCACAGACACAGAAGCGGAGGUACUGUUGCGCCAUGUCGACGAAUAUUCCAGCCCGUUCCUCUGGGCCACGGCGACGUUCCUGAUCUGGCGCCCCAAGCACAACAAGUGGAUCACCGGGCGCGUCACGCACCAGAGCAAGACGCACAUCACCCUCUCCUACAUGAACAUAUUCCCCAUCUCCAUCCUCGCGACGCACCUGCCCCCGACUUGGACGUUCAGGACCCAGCAGACAGACGAGGGAGUGUGGGUGAGCGAGGAUGGGGAGGUCGCUGGAGAUUUACGAGUGAGGCUGCUAGACUUCGACGGGAGAACGGAUGGGAAGGCGAGGGGCAAGGGGCUGAGGCUGGAGGGCAGUCUGCUGAGCGAGGAGGAAGAGAAGAGGAAGGAGAAGGGAAAAGGGAAGGCAAGGCGGGGCAUUCUGAAGAGUACACAGUCGAGUCAGGAGGUUGCUGAUGCAUAAUUUAGUGACGAGUUGCAUUGUCAGGCGUCCAGGAAAAGUCAUUUC